UUAUGCAAUAAUAGAGUAAGGCUGAGCAGAGGGGCACUAGGACCCUGCCAGAAGCCAGGCUCCAGUAACCGGUUGUGUCUGGAACCCAGGGUGUCGGCAGUUGGGGAGAGAGGCCUGGGCUUACACGAGGCUGUUGCAGUGGCUGCUGUUAUUGUACAGAUUAAAGGUAUACUCUGUUUACGUCGUGGUACGAGCCUUAUUACAAGCAUAACUCGACAUGAUGCCAGACAGGCCUUGGCAAACCUUGGGAGCUGACCUAUUCACGCUGAAAAACAAGACUUAUCUAUUAGUCGUAGAUUAUUUCUCAAGAUAUGUGGAAGUUGCGCUGCUAUCACCCACAAGGUCCACAGAUGUGGUGGUGCACCUGAAAUCCAUAUUUGCUCGUCAUGGAAUUUGUGAAUUUCUUAAAAGUGACAAUGGGCCCCAGUUCUCAGGUAGCCACUUUAAAUCCUUUGCAGCAGAGUAUGGCUUUAUGCACAUCACGAGCAGCCCCAGGUUUCCUCAGAGCAAUGGGGAGGCGGAACGCGCUGUACAAACCGUGAAAAACCUGCUAACAAAGGCGUCAGACCCAUAUCUUGCAUUGCUGGCCUACAGAGCAACCCCUCUACAGAACGGCUAUAGCCCGGCCGAGCUGUUGAUGGGGCGCCGCCUACGCACUACAGUUCCUGCCCUUCCAACCCUGCUGAAUCCAGUUUUGCCUGACUACAACGCGCUGGGGGCCAAAGAAAGGGAGAAGAGGUGGAACGACGCAAGAUCCUUUGACAAGAGGCACGGAGCGAGAAAUCUGGAGCCACUAAUACCUGGGGAGGAUGUGUGGAUCACCGAUGCACGAGUCCAGGGCAAAGUGCUAUCUACACACAAUACCCCUCGCUCUUAUAUCGUCCAGGUGCCUCAGGGCACACUGAGGAGGAACCGGCAGCACUUGGUGCCGCUGCAGACCAACAGUGGGGUAGUCGACGCGGAUGAGCCACCAGUGGGAGAAGAGCCAGCUCCACCAGAGCCAGCUCCACCAGACCCAGCUCCACCAGUGACAGCAUCACCCAGCGGAGAGGGCCCCACCACAGAGACUGUGCGGACUAGGUGUGGGAGAGAGGUUAGAAAGCUGCAGAGACUUGAUUUGUGAUUUAUUGAUCUGUUUUCUACAAUAAAGAAAAAGAGAGAGUGAAAUGUGAUGUGAAAAUGUUCUGUAAACCUGUUACAUUUACCUGAAACCUGAAAGAAUAGUUCACAGUAUGGUAACGUGUAAGUUAUUUUAUUUCUAUUUUGCAUGCUUAGAUCAGGGACAGGUCUUCCAGCAAAAGGGCAGAAUAAACCCCUUAAGACCUGCAGAGACAAAGGUAGUCCACCCUUUGUUCUCAAAGAAAGGGAGAUGUGGUAUUAUGCAAUAAUAGAGUAAGGCUGAGCAGAGGGGCACUAGGACCCUGCCAGAAGCCAGGCUCCAGUAACCGGUUGUGUCUGGAACCCAGGGUGUCGGCAGUUGGGGAGAGAGGCCUGGGCUUACACGAGGCUGUUGCAGUGGCUGCUGUUAUUGUACAGAUUAAAGGUAUACUCUGUUUACGUCGUGGUA